AAUAGUAAUGAACUUUGACUAUAAGUAUUGGCAUCUGUGUAAUUAUUAACGAAAGAUUUGUUAUCGUUUCAUUCUAGAAUGUAAUCAUGAUCUGUUUAAUAUCAUUUUGAGUAUAAUUAUAAUAUUAUUGAAAAACUAUAUAAACGUUUUUUAUAUAUCAAUAUCUUUUAAUAAUAUAUAUUACUCUACUUUGUGUUCUCAAAUGUCCAGAAUGGAGGAAACGGAGAGUAAUUUGCUAGAAAAAAAUAAAUUAAAAACUGAUACAGGACAAGAUGCAUCAUAUUAUUCAAGCAAUCCAUCAGAUUUGUCUAUUGGAAGCAGCAGAAAUAGCCAUAACAUUUCUAAUAAUGAGAAAACAGAUAAUACUAUGUUAGUUGCUGAACAUUACAAUACACUUGAAGAAACGCUUCUUUCUCAAAGGAAUCAAAGUCGCAUUGUUUACAUGAGAAACUUCAAUAAUUGGAUCAAAAGUAUGCUUAUAGAUGAAUAUAUAAAUAAAAUAAAACAGAACAAAAAUCGUAACAGCCCCUUGAAGGUACUUGAUAUGUGUUGUGGUAAAGGUGGAGAUCUUCUAAAAUGGAAAAAAAAAGAGAUUAGUCACUUAAUCUGUGUCGAUAUAGCUGAAAUAUCUAUUGAACAAUGUAAAAAUCGAUAUAGUGAUAUUUUAAACAAAAGUUCCAAAGUAAGAGGAUUUGCACCUAUUUUUACUGCUGAAUUUAUUGCCGUCGACUGUACAAAGGUACGCCUAAGAGAAAAAUACAAGGAUGUUACUAUACAAUUCGAUCUUGUGAGCUGUCAAUUUGCAUUUCAUUAUAGCUUUGAGUCACUAUCGCAAGCAGAAUGUAUGCUCCGAAAUGCAAGUGAAUGUUUAAGGCCAGGAGGUUAUUUUAUCGGAACUAUGCCAGAUGCUUAUGACUUAGCUUCUAGAUGGCAAAAGUGUGAUGGUAACAAGUUUGGAAAUGAUAUUUAUAGCGUAGAAUUUUUAUGUAAAGAUAAGACAAAUCCACCCCUUUUUGGUGCUAAAUAUAAUUUUCAUCUUGAAGGUGUAGUUAAUUGCCCAGAAUUUUUGGUUCAUCUCCCUACGCUGUGCAAAUUAGCUUCUAAAUUUGGUCUCGAAUUAGUAAUGUUUGAAAGAUUUGAAACUUAUUAUGAACGCAUGCAAAACGAAGGCAAAUCCUUGCUGUGUAAAAUGCAAGCUAUGGAAACUUAUCCUCCGUAUCAUGAAAGUCCACUAUUAGGUAAACCUUGGCAGGAUUAUCAACAUGCUAUAAGUCAUAUGCAAAAUCAACCAGGCCACCGUAAAAUCGGCACAUUGUCUCAAUCAGAAUGGGAAGUCACAUCACUUUAUGCAGUAUUUGCAUUUCAAAAAAAAGAGAUAGACUAGAAUGGGAUAAGAAGAUGGAAACAAUCAUGAAGUCAUUAUAAGGCAGAAUAACUACAAAACAAGUUUUUUAUUUCUCAGUGAAAAUAUUUAGAAUAGCAUUAUUACAGCUAACAUAAUGAAUUUUUAUUAAUGAUUUAAUAUAAUAUAAAUUAUUUUGUUACUAUAGAAAAAUGUGUAUCUAAUCAGAUUUAAUCUUUAAUCACAAAAAUUUUCAAUAAUGUUUCCUUUAAUAAAGUUAAGACAAAAAUAUGUUACAUGAUA